AUGAAAUCUAUACAUCAAACACUAUCAAUGCUUCUCAUUCUAGUCAAUGUCAUCCUUUCUACUCUGACCCACUUGAUAUUCUUAAUAGCAAUACUUGUAUUCAUACCAAUAAUAAUAAUAGUACUGGUGUUGUAUAUAAAAAAAUCAAUUGGAUCACAUUCUGAAUAUACUGAUAGAUACUGUCAAGUUAGUCAAAUAUCAGCAAUUGAAACAUUAUCAACAGGUUCAUUUAAUCCAACAGAUAAACCUACUGCUCCAUUACCAUCUCGUAAGCAAAGACCAUUGUCUCCGUCUACAUCAAUUAUCUCUGUUCCCAGUGGAAUUACUACUCCAGUGUCUAUUAUCAACAUGCAUCAGUUGAAUACAAAUAUGAAUUCAAUUGUUCAUCAACUUCAACAACAAAAACAACCUUAUACUCCUAAAUUAUCUCAUCAUAAUGUUGUAAUGUCUAUUGGUGACCCUAGCAUUCAAUCACUUACAUCAUCAUCAUCAUCAUCAUCUCGAUCGCAUUAUCAACAUGCAUAUCAACAUCAAAACAUGCAUAAAUUAACUAGUGGAUGGUCAUCUUCCUCAAGUAGUGGGGGUGUUGCUGGGGGAGCUCGUAUUACCUGCACCACCACCACUACUACUACCACCACCACCACCAAUAGUAAUAAUAAUACUAACAAAUCUGACUGUUAUCCAAUCAUUAAUUCAGAUCAGUUUACUAUUGGAACUAGUGGAGAUGGAAUUAAAAAUUAUUACAGUAAUAAUUAUACUCGUAGCAAUAAUGUUUCAAAUGCUAUCUCAACUACUAUUAACAGUCAUCUUAGUAGUAUAGGCUUUAUGAAUAAUGAUAACUCUGGUGGCAGUAAUGAUCUAACAAUAUCAAACAGUCCACGACGCAGUCCACGUGUCAAUAAUUCCAACCAUCUAGUAACACCAAGCACAGUGGAACCUGUCUAUAAUGCUGCUGUAUCUGCCACGUCGACAGGUGGAGGUUUACAAGCUUGUGUAUCUGUUCAUUGUUCGUCAAAUCUUUUAUUGAAAUCAUCAUCAACAUCAAUACCAACCACUACGACUACAGGAAAUGUUGACUCGAUACUUUUGAAUAAAUCAUCUUUAUCUUCACGAAUUAAUACAGUUGGUAGUAAUCAGAUUACAGCAAUAAUGACAGGGAAUCAAAAACAUGGGAAUUUAUCUUCUCAUCCUCCUCCACCCCCUCUUCCACAACACCAUCAUCACAGCCAACAACAACAACAACACCAACCGGAAAAAACAGUUGAAGUGAUGGUUGAUGAUCCAGCCAAUGAAAUGACCAUCAGUGAAUUACGUUCAAUAGCUGAACGUCAACGUCAACAAUUAGCCAGACAAGCUCAACAACUUCAGGCUAGAGAAGAACGUCGUGCAUGGCUUCGUUCCCUGAAUUCCCAACGUUCAGCACUCAAUAGAUGUGUUGAAAAUGAAAAGCUGUCGAAUAAACCAUCAGAUUUAAGUCAAGAACAAGAAAUUCGACUGCAUAAAUUACGUGGUUUUCGUGGUCAAACAGAACAAGUUCGUUUGAGUAAUGAAAAUUUAAUGAAAGAAAUUGAUCAAUUAGCAUUAUUAUUAUCCAAUAAAGAACAUGAUCUACAAGUAUGCCGACAAAGAGCAGAUGAAGCUGAACGUAUGUUGACUUUAAUUAGUCAAUGGCAUAAUGUUAUUGCAAGUGCACGUCGACAGACAAUGAAUCAAACAGGAACAACAACAUCAACUCCAGCCAAUGAAAUGUCUUCUUCUUCUUCUCCUCCUCCUCCCCUCAGUUUGCCUUUUAUGCAACCACCUUUCUUUACUGAAUUGGAUAAGAAACGUUGGCAUGAUGGACUUGUUGAAGCAGAUCGUUUAGACAGACAAUUUGCUGCGGUUUUUGGACGUAAACCACCAAUACAAACGUGGUCAUCUAGUCAAAGUAAUCUACACUUUGGAAAUAUACAUAUACCAGAGAAAAAGUCAACAUCUUCACAUGUUCCAUGUUCAAUAGGAUCAGUUUCUGUUCCAUCUGUUCUACCACCAUCCUAUUCAUUGUAUCAUCAAGCAUAUUCUAAAUCUAGAUCAACUGAUCAAAGUUCAAAUGUUCAUACUGGUUGUUCUUCUCCUGGUACAAUUUCUACUGCAUCAUCUUCACAUAUUCCUAUUUCUCAGUCAACUCCUAUAGUGUCGCGGACAAUGGUUACUAAUAUCACCACCACCACCACAACAACAACAACAGGAACAAGCAAUACAUUCAGUUCAUUGCUUACAAGAGCUAACAGUCCACCAACAUCUAGUCGACGAUCAUGUUUACGUACAUUUAUGCAAUUACAUCCUGGAUUUAGUAUUUUAAGUUCAAAUAUAACAAUGACUACUAACAAUAAUAAUUAUACUAGUAGUAAAGAUAGUAUAAUAUCAUCUGGAACAAUUCAUCCAUUGCCUAUACCACGUAUUAAAGCUCCACCAAGAUAUGCAUCACGUGCUGUUAUUAAUGAUACAUAUAUGCGUCGUAUAUGUCGUGAUAGUGUAGAAAAGUAUAAACGUACAGCUAGUGAAAUUUAUUUAGCUAGUGUAAAUAAACUAGGCAUUAAAUCAUCAUCUCCACUACCUCUACUUCAAUCAUCAAUACCAAUAACAUCAUCAUUAUUAUUAUCAUCAUCAUCGGAAUGGUCAAAUGAUUCAGCUAUUUCUGAACCUAAACAAUCAUCUAAUAUAACUUCAACAGUAUUGAAUGAGUCAAUCAUGAAGAAUAUUGAAUCAGUGAAUAGAUCAUCUCAUGAAAUGUUUACUACGCAACAACAACAACAACAACAACAAGAUUUAUCGAUUACUAAUCCUUCAUCUCGGUAUCAUUUGAAUACAUCUAGUGGAAUCGAUGCUAUCACCAAUGAUAAUAACAAAACUAUUGAACAUAGUACAUCAAAAAUUCUAUCAACUUGUGGUGUAUCAUUAUCAUCUUCACCGUCUACAUCAUCAUCAUCAUCAUCUUUAGAGUUAAUCGGUAUAGAUAUUCAACCAGAUGAUGAACAAAAAUUAUCUUUAUCACCUAAUGAAUUCGAUUCACCUGAAGAUGAUCAAAAACAACAAAAUUCUGGUGAUGUUGACAGUGGUCUAGGCGGUUCUGAUCAUACUAUAAAGUCUGAACAACAAGAGAUUAAGAAAGCAACUUCAAUUUUACAAUUGACAACACCGAAAACAACAACAACAACAACAAAAACUGAGGCGAUUCUAGUGAAUACUACAACCGUUCCUAAUCAUUCUGUUAUUAAGCAUAAUGAAUCAAAAGUGAAGGAUAUUUCACCUGGAACUGUACUAUACGUUAAUGAAGGACAUGGUACAGGGAAUAAUAACUCAUCUAAUCUUAAUGAAAAACAACAGAUCAAGUCUAUUCUGCGUAAACCAAAAUCAUCUCUAACAUCACCUACCUCAAAACAAAGUCCAAGUCUAGAUGGUGUAACUGAAACAACCCAGUCGUUAUCUUCUUCAUUGUUUCAGUCAAAUUCUGUACGAUUUCAUCCAUUAGCUUUAUUGUUGGAUGCAGCUUUAGAAGGUGACUUAGAAUUGGUGAGGAAAGCAGCUGCUGAGGUUAAAGAUGUUUCUGAGUCAAAUGAUGAAGGUAUUACAGCGUUACACAACGCUGUAUGCGCUGGUCGUGUGGAUGUUGCAGAAUUCCUUGUACUUACAGCUGGAGCUGAUGUGAACGCUGGAGAUACAGAUGGUUGGACACCAUUACAUUGUGCUGCAUCAUGUGGAAAUUUACCUCUAGCUAAGUUAUUGGUUGAACAUGGUGCUUCAUUGCAUGCACGUACUUUAUCUGAUCAAGAAACUCCACUAGAAAAGUGUGAUCAAGGUGAUGAGGAAGCUGAAUGUGAAGAAUAUUUAUAUUAUCAAAAUGAACGUCUUGGAUCUGCUGCAUCAGGUCGAGUAUAUGCUUUAUUCCCUCGUGGUAUCGAUUCAGCUGGACCUGGUUCUAUAGAUUCACAUUUAGAAGUUGAUGAAUUACCAAUUAAACCAAAUGAAUUAUUAACUAUAAUUAAUCGUGAACCACCUGGUGAAAUUGAAUGGAUGUUAGCUGAAAAUUCUAAUGGUCAAAAAGGACUUGUACCUCGAUCACAUAUAUCAUGUUAUCCUUUAGUACGUAUACCACUAGCAAGUUUGCCAAUUAUGGAGAUGCCUAAAAAUAUCUCGAUGAAAUCAAUAAUUUGGAAUGAAUUUGAUGAUGAUGAGGAGGAGGAGGAGGGGGAGGAGGAGGAGCAGAAGAAGAAGAAUGACGAUGGUGAUAACAAUAGGAUGAGAGAUGAUGGAACUGAUACGAGAGGAGAUCAUCACAAAGCUAUAGAAUAUCAAGGUUUUAAUGAUAAACAAUUAUUACCUGAAAGAAUAUCGAAACUUCAAUCCAUUUCUCCCUCUGAUAAUCUAAUUGAUAACAAUAAUAAUAAUAAUCAUAGUUAUGCACAUGUUUCAGUAGACAUUGAAGAUAUCUCCUCAGUAAAACCUCAAGUAUCUUCAUCAUUAUCAUCGUCAUUAGAAGCAAAACAGUAUAUAUCUCGUCCUUCUAUUGAUUUUACUGGACUUAAAACAGACGAUCGACAGUCAUCAGAUGAAAUGGAUUCUACAAGUAGCACUAAAGUGAGCAAAAGUGAAACAUGUGAUCUAGAAACAUCAUUUUAA